AUGGGCUCUCCAUCCUCUACAACUUCAUCUGACGUUGGCGCGUCAGCUGAUGCGAAGGCGCCUCACCCAGCUUUGCAGAAUCAAGACAUCCUCCUAGCCAUCUUCUCGCAAGCGAGGGCACGCGCUGAACACGAGCAGGUCCCGCAUGACAGCGUCGCCAAGUGCGCGCGCGUUUGCCAGGCGUUCCGCGACCCAGCCCUGCAAGUGCUAUGGGAGCGUCUAUCCUCGAUUCUGCCGCUGCUCCGUCUGCUUGCUCCGAACUUCCGAAAUAUCGACGGCGGUCACGAAGCUCAAGACGGCAUGGACGUCAGGAAAUAUAACGCCUACGUACUACGCGAAAUCCCUGACGCCAAGCAGUGGGCACGGUUUUGCGAGUACGCGCGGCGCGUUCGAGUCCUGCACCACGAUGGUACCGCCAAUGCAGUCCUCCAACCUCGUUACGGCCGUCGCAACAGCACCGUCAGCUAUCACAGCUCUAGCUCUGAGUCCGAGCCUGAUCCUGACGCCGACUCCGUCCACGAGUCUGACAGCCAGAGCAAUGCUGAUGUUGGAGGUGCCUCCGACCCUGAGAACGGCGGCUCGAACAUAGGUCAUGAAGAUGAAGAAGAUCCCGGCUCCGUUUUCCACGAGGAUAUGGGGGAUGGUCCCGAUCAGGAUAGUUCAUUAUUCGAUCUAUCUGGCGCCACCCACAUCUUCCCCUCUGUAUGGUACCACCUCAGAUGCCUUGCCGCGGGCCAGCCGUUGCUUCCCACUCUCCGCGAGCUGGACUGGACCACGGAACCGGACCAGACGGAGAUCUUCAUGCUCGUGGGGCCCUGCCUCAAGCGACUCCACCUCCGCUUCAACCCGCUGCACCCGUUCACGGACCACGAAUACGAUGCGGCGUUGCCGUUGAUCGUGCGAAACGUCAUCUCGCUGGCGCCAUCUGUGAAGCACUUUGCGAUAACCACCCGCGCUAUAAGCACUGUACGCUCUGUCCUGCCGGAAGUCCACAGGAUGAGCAAGCUGCGGACGUUGGAGCUGGAUGCGGGUCCAGCAACAGGCUUUGCGUUCAAUGCGGCAAGUCUUCGCAGUGCGCGGCUCGACACGCUGGAGGAUCUGGAGUCCCUCUCCAUCGGUUUUCGCGUAUUGGACGAUGCCCUGGACGUCGACGCGACCAUAGCGCUGCCCGCGUUGCGCGCUUUGAAAGUCGUGGACUACGCGGGGAAUAUCGAAGCGUACAAGCUCUUUGACGUCCAGGCUCUGCGAUCGCUCGAAGCUACAAUCUGUCUUCCCGUGCACUCCCCGGACACAUACAGAGCGCUCUCAGCGGCGUUCGCCAGGCGCUUUCCUGCCGUCUCUUCUAUCGUACUCGCGUUACGAUCACUCGCGCCAGCUUCCGCUACCCUUCCAACGGUUGCUUUCUUGCUCCUUGAUGUCAUACAGCCUCUGCUUGGGCUCUCCGACAUCCGCGUGUUCUCGUUCUUGGCCGACGGCGGAGCGCGCGUGUCGUUCCCUAGCGCAGACCCGUAUGCGCUUCUUCGGGCUUGGCCGCUGCUUUCGGUGCUCUCUAUCAUUGCCCCGCUCCCGGGCUCCACGCCCCCUUCGCUCGUCCCAGAAAUGCCUGGGGUAUGGACGCUCGUCUACGCCGCGCGAAACCACGUAGAGCUCAGGAUAUUGCACCUGAAUUGUCUCAAGAUCUCUCAGGAAGAGCUAGAUGUGGCCCUCCAAGUCCUCAAUGGCCCCGAUACCCACGCAGGGAGCCAGGAAAGCGCGCUCCGAACCGGUAGCAAGUUAGAGGUCUUGACGGUCGCGCACAUGACGAACGACAGAGGGACGUGCGUGCGUCCGAACCACGGGCGGCUGUUGUCGCGCUUCGCGGUGGUUGUGCACAAGAUGUUCCCUCGCCUGGACGUGGAGCGGUGCCGCAAGGAGCGUCCCACGUGGUUGGCGGAGGAGCAUUGGGCGUGGAAGCGGGUGCUCGACGAGGUCCUGAAGGUGCGAGGGCGGAUGGAUGUGUAG